AUGUGCCCAGCUGCUAAGCAAGCAAUAUUAAGUUUUUCACUUUCAGGCAUAGUUUUUAUCGUCUCGUUUUUCUCAGCAAGCGUUCUUGGCUUCACAUCCGAGCUGUGGGCGCUCACUUACUGGGGCCCGGCGUUAUACUUUUGUCUCUUAAACUUUGUUUUACGAUAUUCUUUAAAGGGCUUCACAUACGAUGUUGCAGUCAGAUCUGCUUUCCUUGGAUCAGUGUUUGCAACAGGUUUUUAUUUUGCAACAUUUGAUGACAGUUGCCAUGUGUUUGGACUUUAUGCAAUGGCUUUUUCAAUGUUCCAUUUCUCUGAGUUUUUAUCAGUGGCUCUAACUAACCCUCGUACACUGACUAUAGAUUCAUUUAUAUUAAAUCAUAGUGUACAAUAUUGGGUGGCUGCUGUAGGAAGUUGGAUUGAAGCUGCUGUGGAAAAUUACUUCUUCCCAAACAUGAAGACAGCAUUCUGGAUAUCUCACAUUGGUGUGGUCAUGUGCAUUGUUGGAGAGGUGAUGAGAAAGAGUGCCAUGUUCACUGCUAAAACUAACUUCAAUCAUCAUGUGCAAACAGUGAAAAGGCCAGACCAUGAAUUAGUUACACAUGGAGUAUAUGCAAUUUGCAGACACCCAAGUUAUGUGGGUUGGUUUUACUGGUCUAUUGGGACUCAGAUAAUUCUUCUCAACCCAUUCUGCAUAAUCAUAUACACGCUGGUCACUUGGAUGUUCUUCAAAGAACGUAUCUUCGCUGAGGAGAUGUUCCUCAUAUCAUUCUUUGGCAACCAAUACUUGGAGUACCAGAAAAAAGUUGGAACCGGUCUGCCCUUUAUCAAGGGGUAUAUCCCCGAUGAAGAUGGAAGUUGG